AAUGUACGGUUACGUAGUAGACAUGGAUGGCUGAACGCGGGGCCACGGCCACUCUACUCUUCAUGUGGACGGCCAACUGUUUGAAAAAUUUAGACGAGUUUUUUUUUUCCUCCUUUUUUAAUGCGUUAAACAAGUAAGCCAUUUUUGUAAAAGGUUGACACGCGAUCGUGCCCCUCUUCCAUGUCUCUAGGCCUCUCUGCCUUCGGUUCCUUAACGGACCCACCUCAAUCCCGCCGAUGGAGCUUCUGCGGAAGAAUUCCCGCCGUUGGCUCUCCCUCGUGAGCUGCUUCCUUCCGUUCAUUGGCUGCCUCGUCCUCCUCUCCAGCUUCCCGAUCUCCGUCAACGGAAUUCGGAAGGAUAUUGGGUUUCAGUGGAAACAGAUGUGCAAAUCAACAGUUCAAGGAAGAUAUCUACUCUCUGAUGAUAAUGGACGUGUAUGUAAUGCUUUUAGCAUCAAUUCUUGGACGCAGUGUUGUCCUGAAGCAGGAGAGAAGUUUCUUUGUCAAGGAUGCAAUCUUGUCUCCCAAUGCUGUAACUCAUAUGAGUACUGUGUCUCCUGCUGUCUUGAUCCAGCUAGGACUAAGCCAGAGCUUGCUCUGAAGAUGAAGAUAGCCAAGCCAAUAACCGCAGGCACUUACCAAAGUGUUUUUGAUUUCUGUGCUGGAAGGUGCCGUCAUAGUUCUGCUAGUGUGGUUCAUGAGAAUGCAUAUGCAAGCGAGUUCCAUCACUGCUUUUCUUUGCAGAUGAACUCUUCUGUGGCUGCAGAUACCAAUAUAGAAUCUAAAUUGGCUGGCAUUAACGUGAUUGUCGGAAGGCAAGGGGAGUCAUGCAGUUUGGUGUGCAAAUCUGUGGGUCAAUCAUGUGUGCCAGCCAAGCUGCUGAUACUUAACAAAUGUGAAAUCAUGCAGAAGUACAUGAACUGCAGCAGCGGAUGUGUGGCCAGCAUUGGAGCUGACCAACCUGCAGAAGUUGUUGAUCAUGCCCCAAAGGAUCUGAAUCCUGGAGCAUGCUUGUAUACAGACAAGCAGUCAGUCUUGUCUUGUGAUGGCUCACAUCCUCAUACAAAGAGACUUUGCCCCUGUGCUUAACAUGUAAAUUGUUCAAAGCAAUAUUUUUCUUGUAAUGUGUGUACCCAAGUUACCAACAAUUCAAAUUGCAUUUGAGAGGGCUGUUCAGCGCUGUUUUGCUUUGUAAGUAUGCUAUGUCAUUUUCUUGAUGUACAUGCAGGAGAUACGCAAUUAUUAUGCCUCUCUUGCUUGUGAUCCUUUUCAGAUGCCAUCAGUCUCGUCGUUC